AGCACAUGGUAUGUACAUUGUAACCAUGCCGUGCCAGAGGGUAAAGAUUAAUCCAAACUGUCUAUCAUCUAAGAUCGGUAGCCUAACUAUCCAGAGUAGGAUUUGUGGCCUGCUUCAAUUUGCAUAAAGUUCCUAACCAUUCCUUUCAUGUGACCGACCCAUUGAGAUAGGUUGACCUGGCACUUCUCCUGCCAUGUCCUGUCUUUGGACUACCGAGCACAAAUUCAGUUCUUUUUACUAGAGCAAUUUUUAUGUAGACCAAAUAUUGCAAACACUUCCAACAUACAAACGAACAAGAGUGCCAGAAAGGAUUCUCAAACAGCAAAAAGUGUAAUUUUCACUCUGUCAUCAUCAAACAUGGCGAGGGAUGACCUUGGAUUGAAUAUUACUGAGCUUAGGUUGGGGCUCCCAGGCAGUAGCAUUUGCCAAGGCCUUGAGAAAAAGGGGAAGAAAGGGUUGUUUCCUGACAUUGAAAGCGGUGAGAAAGGCAGUUCGUCAAGUGAUAGCAAAUCUCCGCAUAAAAAUGAAGUUGUUGGAUGGCCGCCGGUUUGGGCGCCUGUAGUAAGGACCAAAAGCUCGAUUUCUGAACAGGUCUUAAAAAUGUACGUAAAAGUCAGCAUGGACGGCGCCCCUUUUCUGCGCAAAAUUGACUUAACGGCUCAAAAAGGCUACUCAGAUCUCAUCGCUCAACUAGUAAAGCUGUUCGGCAGUUAUGGUAUUGAUGAAGGGAGCUUAGACUACGUUGUCAUAUACGAGGACAAAGAGGGGGAUUGGAUGCUCAUGGGAGAUGUUCCUUGGAGUAUAUUCCUUGAAUCUUGCAAAAGAUUAAGGAUCGUGAGAAGCAGCGAUCGGAGGAUAGGCAUCGGAGAGCUCCAUACAAAAAGUUAGUUUGAUUGAAGCUGAGAGGAUGGCUAUUGUUUGCGAUAUUUAACUUUAAAAUGUGAUUAUCAUAACCAGGCUAUUUGCCCUUGCAUGUGGUGAUUUAAGAUCAUUGUCGCUUGCUCAUCGAAACAUGUAUUCUGGCCCUGGUUUUGAAUUAGCAUUUCCUUGCCCGUCCGGACAUAUUCUAUUGGAAUUGUAGCAAAAUAAUUGGAUUCUGUGUGGAGCUAGCUUAAUUGAGUGCUUGGAUUAUGG